CCCUCCGGAGUCGGUUCGCGAGCUGUCAGCGCCAGCGCCAGCGCUGCGGGGCGCGGGGUGGGCGCGGCCGAGCGGGUUCCGGAGCCGGUCCCCAGCCCGGCCCGCGACCCCAGGCUCUGCAGCUGCCCGCUCGGGCCUCCUGGGCCCCACACUUCCCGCCGCGCCCCUCGCUUUCGGCCCUCCCUCGCUCGCCAGCGGGUCGGUCGGGCACCCGAGACCCCGCGGGGCCGAGGCUGGUGACCCGCGGGCGACCAGGCCCCGGGCCGCGGCCACCUCGCCAUGUCCUCGGGCCGUGACGCCAGCAGCCAGUUCCCACUGCACCUUCUGGUCUGGAACAACGACUACCGGCAGCUGGAGAAGGAGCUGCGGGACCAGAAUGUGGAGGCUUUGGAUCCACGAGGGCGGACAUUGUUGCACCUUGCCGUUUCUUUGGGGCAUCUGGAAUCUGCUCGGGUCUUAUUGCGACAUAAAGCAGAUGUGACCAAAGAAAAUGGCCAGGGAUGGACAGUUUUACAUGAAGCUGUGAGCACAGGCGAUCCUGAGAUGGUGUACACCGUUCUUCAGCACCGGGACUACCACAACACAUCCAUGGCCCUCGAAGGAGUUCCUGAGCUGCUACACAAAAUUCUCGAGGCUCCAGAUUUCUAUGUGCAGAUGAAAUGGGAAUUCACCAGCUGGGUGCCCUUGGUUUCUAGAAUAUGCCCAAAUGAUGUCUGUCGUAUUUGGAAAAGUGGUGCCAAACUGCGUGUUGAUAUCACAUUGCUGGGAUUUGAAAACAUGAGCUGGAUAAGAGGGAGACGCAGUUUCAUAUUCAAGGGAGAAGGACCUCACUACGGAAUGUGCCACCGCAAACAACCCCACGGCCAUCACACCGGAUGAGUACUUUGACGAAGCCUUUGAUCUGAAAGACAGGGACAUUGGAAGGCCAAAAGAGCUGACGAUUAGAACCCAGAAGUUUAAAGCAACACUGUGGAUGUGUGAAGAGUUCCCCCUCUCGCUAGAGGAACAGGUCAUUCCUAUCAUCGACCUCAUGGCCCGGACUAGCGCUCAUUUUGCAAGAUUGAGAGAUUUCAUCAAGCUGGAGUUUCCACCUGGAUUCCCUGUCAAAAUAGAAAUCCCCCUAUUUCAUGUUUUAAACGCACGGAUCACAUUUGGAAACGUCAAUGGCUGUAACACUGCUGAAGAAAGUCAGAAUGUGGAAGGGAUCCAGCCCCACACAGCUUCUGACAUCACUAACUUUGAGGUUGAUCAGUCUGUGUUUGAAAUCCCCGAAUCCUACCACGUUCAAGACAAUGGCAGAAAUGUUCACCUGCAGGAUGAGGAUUAUGAGAUAAUGCAGUUUGCCAUCCAACAGAGUCUGCUGGAGUCCAGCAGGAGCCAGGAACUUUCAGGACCAGCUUCAAAUGGAGGGAUCAGCCCCACACACAGCUAUGAUGCCCAGUAUGAGAGGGCCAUCCAGGAGAGCCUCCUGACCAACAUGGAAAGCUCGUGCCCAGGUGCCCUGAGUGAGUCAAGCCGUUUUGAUAGUGACCUACAGCUGGCCAUGGAGCUGUCUGCCAAAGAGCUAGCGGAGCAGGAGCUUCGGCUCCAGGAGGAGGAGGCUGAACUCCAGCAAGUCUUACAGCUGUCACUCACUGAGAAAUAGAUCUUUCUGUCCACAGGCUGUACAAAGCAGGGGCUCUGGGCUGAACAUGAGUGCUGCAGUGUCAGCUGAGGCCCUAGGACUAGAGCCUACACUUGGUGCAGCUGCCUCUUCUUUACACAGAGGUGCAGGACCAGGGACUCCCGGGCCCAUCUAGGGUGGCAGUCCCAAGGACACUGUCAUAUGCUCCACUUCCACCUCGGUCCAUUCCCCAGAGUGGAGAAGGGGGAACUGGCAGGCCCAUCUCCAGGCUGAGGGGGGGAGCACCGCCAUUUCCAUUCAUUGUACUGGCUUGCAGGUCACAUUUUUACUACCAGCUUUAAGACAGAGACGCCAUCCAGCAGGUGUGUAGCUGCAUUUCUAAUCAGAAGUGAUGACAGAACAAGUCACUGCAGAGUUGGUGCUUUUCUAUUCGAGAGUAACAGCAGGCUUUGUAGAGUGAAGUGAGAACUUGAGACCUUCCUUCUUGUUCACCAAAGAAACGGGUUGUGCCGAUUCCUCUUUUCCUUCCCUUUCUACAGGGUUCCUAGGACACUGUCACAUGCUCCACUUCCACCUCAGUUCAUUCCUUUUCAGCCCCAGCUAAUGUUAGAGAGGAUAUGUACAGGAUCUAUUUUAGAUUAUGGUUAACUAUUUGCAUCAAAUUAAGAUAUACAAAUGACCACGGAUGUUGCCUUAGCCUUAAAAAUUACUAAUAGUUUCAAGCCACCUUACUUACCUGCUGAGGGAUCUGAUUUCAAUCUGUAAAGGCAGUUCUUUGAGAGCAGGAUCCCCCAGGUUAUACAGAAGGCAGCUAAUCCUGUCCUUGGAGGAGCACCUAGGGGAAUCCCUGGCUGGUUCUCACAGUGGGCAAGCUGGCCAAACCACUGGAACAGCAGAGACCCAUCCAGGGUGUGUUCUGUGCCUGCUGCAGUGAAGGAUUUUCCUCAGAGCUUGGGGAGAACCUGCCUUGUGGCCUAGCAGCACUAGAGGAAGGGAUGAUUUGAAUCAGAAAGGAGCUCACAUGGAACAGCACUCUUCGUCAUCAAGGGAAGGGAUGGUUCCACAUUGCUUUUUAGAGUUCAAAUCAACAUCUUUCUGGAUAAGUAUAUUUUUUAACAGAAUCUUUUUAUUAUUUUUAAAAGAUAUAAAAAUGACUACUCCCAUCAGUAGCAAUACAAGGUUAUGCAUUUUAACCAGUUUCUCAGGCCUUUUUUGGAUACCUUUAGUAGUUAACUAUUUUGUCUAAUCCUCCUGUAAAUACCCACCCCAUAACAGACCCUGGGGAGUACCACCAAGGGCACCUCUCACCCUGGCCCUCGUGAUCACUCCUCCAGGCUGUGCUGCAACCACCUGGUGAACAGUAUCUCCUGUGUUUUGUGUCUGUUUCCUGUUGCGCUUCUUUUGGGAUAGGAAGAGAAUCUACUGUUCCUGUGAAUAUCUGGAUGAUACAACUGUUGCCAGUCAAAUGUUCCUAGACACAAAGAAUUGUGAUUUUAAUUCCUCACAGCCAUCUGCCUUUUUUGUCAUGGUCUAACAAUUCUUCCUCUAUACACAAGGCCAGCAUAGGCAACAUCAUGUUUGUUUUAUGUACAGCUUGGUAUUUUGUUUACCAUGAGCAAAGAUACUUCUGGGAAUGGCUGGAGGUGGCCAUGUUUACUAAGGUGAAUCCUAGGUAACUCCUGUGUUUGCAUUCCAUUGCUUGGCUUUCCUCAAGUCUUUGACUUUGUCCCUAGGAAGUCACGUAAAAAGGGACUGAGCAUUGUUUCAGCUUGUUGCAGCAGUUUUUUCAUGUGUUCUCUCUUAAAAUGCAAAUAAAGAUUGCUUCCAUAGAGGGUGCUCAUGUAA